AUGAGUAACCGCUGGGCGUACGUACGCUGGAAGCUGCGCGAGCCGUUCGCGGAGUGGCUGGGCAUGCUCGUGCUGAUCCUGAUUGGUAUUGGUGCCACUUGCCAGACGAAGAUAUCCGAAGGGACGUAUGGGAACUAUACGAAUUUGAUGUUUGCGUGGGGGUAUGCGGUAACGCUGGCUAUUUACAUUUCCGGCGGCGUUAGCGGAGGCCACAUCAACCCAGUAAUUACGAUCUGCCUCGCGAUGUUCCGCGGGUUCCCAUGGCGCAUGGUUCCGCGCUACAUCCUCGCGCAGAUCUUCGGGGCGUUCUGCGGCGCGGCGAUCCUGUACGGGAAUUACAAGGUCGCCCUGGAGAAGUACGACCCAGAGAUGAAGCUGUACGGGACGAACGCCAGCGCACCGCUAUUCAUCACAAUGCCGUCGCAGGAGUUUGGUGAUGGGAUGGUGCUGAUGAUUGAUUUGUAUAGGGAGGUCAUCGCGACAGGGAUUUUGCACGUAGUAGUCCUGGCACUAGGCGACGAGAACAACGCGCCCCCCGGAGCAGGCCUCGGCGCGUUCAUUACCGGGUUGACCAUCAUCGCGCUCGGCAUGUCCCAGGGCUGGAUAUCGGGAUACGCGAUUAACCCCGCGCGCGACCUCGGCCCGCGGAUAUUCCUGUGGUUCAUGGGCUACGGCGCGGUCGUGUGGCACCACGACUCGUGGUGGUGGCUCAACGGGGCAAUCCUCUCCACCUUUGCGGGCGGGAUCCUCGGCUGCCUCCUGUACGACGUAUUCAUCUUCGGCGGGGACGUAUCAUUCGUCAACUUCCCCGCGUGGCGGCUGCGCGAGGUUACGGGCGUUGCUGGCGUGCACAGGAUGGUGAAGGCGGGGGUGAGGAAGAGGAGGGAGGAGGAGGCUUGGGAGAGCCGGGUUGAGAAGGGCGGGGCUGGGGAGGGGAAACAGGGGAAUGGUGGCGGUGGCGGUGGUGGAAAGGGUGAGGGGGGUGCGUAA